CUUAAACCCUAGACUUCAAUUGAAAUUUCGAUCAGCAGAUCGGAGUGAGGGCGUCCGCAGCGGGAAACGAUGGUGCACGUUUCCUUUUACCGCAACUAUGGAAAGACAUUUAAGAAGCCCCGUCGUCCCUAUGAGAAGGAGCGUUUGGAUGCUGAGUUGAAACUUGUUGGAGAAUAUGGUCUUAGGUGUAAGAGAGAGCUGUGGAGGGUUCAGUAUGCUUUGAGCCGUAUCAGGAACAAUGCUAGAAAUCUAUUGACCCUUGAUGAGAAGGACCCUCGUCGUAUUUUUGAAGGUGAAGCUCUUUUGAGGAGGAUGAACAGGUAUGGCCUCCUCGAUGAGAGCCAGAACAAGCUUGAUUAUGUCUUGUCUCUCACCGUAGAGAACUUUCUUGAGCGCCGUCUGCAAACUCUUGUCUUUAAGGCGGGUAUGGCCAAGUCCAUCCAUCAUGCCAGAGUUCUUAUCAGGCAGAGGCAUAUAAGAGUUGGAAGGCAGGUUGUUAAUGUGGCUUCAUUCCUUGUGAGGGUUGAUUCCCAGAAGCACAUUGAUUUCUCUCUCACAAGUCCAUUUGGCGGUGGCAGACCAGGAAGAGUGAAGCGAAAGAACCUAAAGGCAGCUGCGAAGAAGGCCUCUGGGGGUGAUGGAGAUGAGGAUGAUGAGGAGUGAGAUUUAAUAUCUUAUCUAUUUUGCAAACUCCAUCUGUGUUAUUUUUGCAUGAGAUAUUCUGAUUCACGGUUGCUUAAGUUUUGGCAUAUUUUUAUCUUGUUAUGGAAGACAUGUUUUUGAACCGCUGAUGGUGAUUCAGUGCUAUUUCAAAUGCUCCUGUUUGGGUGAUGGGAUUAAUUUCUGUUAAA